CCCUGACGUUCUCACCCUGCUGAUCUGGCGUCGCUUUACUGAACUUCCCCUCCCACCGCCCUCGAAACCUAUUUCUAGAAACCUCUUCCUCCUCCGAAGUGCUCCUGACUCUGCCCUGCUCUCCCCACGCGGCUCCUGCAUCCCCUGAGCAGACCGAGCGGCCGCCUCACCCAGCGCAGCGGCCGGCGGGACCCGGCGGCGCUGAGGCUGUGAGAGACCAGGGCACCGGACCCAGAAGCACUCGAAGCCCAAGCCAGGAGAGCGAGUCAGAGCGGGGCUCCUCCAGGAUGGAAGUGAGGCUGCUUCUCUUAGGGAAGCAUGGCGCAGGGAAAAGUGCCACAGGAAACAGCAUUCUGGGCAAAGCCGAGUUCGAGUCCAGGUUCAGUGAGCAGCCGGUGACUAGAAGCUGCCAGAGAAGGAAUGGGUUCACGCAUGAGAGGGAGGUUGUGGUCAUCGACACCCCCGACAUUUUCUCUUCGGAUAACAUUAAGCGCUGCUUGGAGCUCUCGGCUCCCAGCCUCCACGCCCUACUUCUGGUAAUUCCCCUCGGCAACUAUACGGUGGAGGACAGACGAACAGCCGAGCACAUUCAGAAUGUGUUUGAUGAGAAAGCCAGGAAGCACACCAUUAUCAUCUUCACUCGGAAGGACGAGGAGGGCUCGCUGGAGGACUACGUUAAAAACAACACAUCUAUUUGGGACUUGGUUCAGCGCUCUAGUGGUAAAUACUGCGCUUUCAACAACAAGGCAAGUAAGGAUGAGCAGGAUGCCCAGGUGAAGGAGCUCCUCGGCAAGGUCGAGGAUUUGGUGGAAAAGGAAGGACUAUACGCAGUGAACUUAAGGGAUGAAGACAGUAGAUUCCAGGAAUCUGUGAAUGAAGACACAUUUCAGAGGAAGGACUAUCCACAUGAGCCCCUGCGCAUUAUCCUCGUGGGGAAGAGCGGGACUGGGAAGAGUGCCACUGGGAACACCAUCCUCGGGAGCCCGGAGUUCCACUCUCAGCUGAAAGCACAGCCGGUCACCACGAGCUUCCAGGAAGGCUGGAGGACAUGGAACGGGCAGGAUGUUGUGGUUGUGGACACUCCACCACUCUGUCAGGAGUCCAGAGCUGAAGGGGGCCUAUCCCAGCUCGAGAAGGCAGUCAAGGACUGUAGGUCCUACUAUAAAGAAGGGAGUACAGUUCUGGUUGUGGUGUUACAGCUGGGACGGAUCACUACAGGGGACAAAAAGGCAGUGGUGGACCUAGAGCGCAUCUUUGGAGCAGAAGUUAUGAAAUACACGAUCGUGCUGUUCACCUGGAAGGAAGAGCUAGAGACUGGGAACCUUGAUGAUUAUGUUAAUAACACAGAUAACAAGCAUCUUAAGAGCAUAAUUAAAAAAUUUGGGGACACCCCUCUGGGCAGGGCAAAACUGCUGCCGCGGAAACCGGAGAGCCGCGAGUUCGCUGCGUGCGCACCCCCAAAAGAUGCUUGCCUUCUGAGACGGUGA